AUGGAAGAUAUAAACUCAAAAAUUAUGAGAACUUGCUGGAAAUCAAGUGAUGUAGAAUGGAUUUUCAGUCCUUCCAGAGGCAAUGCUGGUGGAAUCCUUGCCAUUUGGGACAAAACAAUCUUCAAUGUAGAACUCAAAGUCAUACAACAAAGCUGGAUUGCUUUAAGUGGUACAUUCUCCACUGACUCUUUCGAAUGUACAUUAAUAACGGUGUAUAACCCAUGUGAAACGACAGCAAGAGCAGAAGUGUGGAAGCAGAUAAUAGAGUUUCAAAAUUCACACUCACUGCCAUGUCUCCUAAUAGGAGACUUCAAUGAAGUCCUUCGUCCUUCAGAGAGAGGUAGUCUUUCAUUCUCACAAAAUGGUAUAAAUGAUUUUAAAAGUUUUCUGCAGGAACUUAAGCUUCUUGAGAUUCACUCUUCAACCAGAGCCUUCACUUGGUUUCGGGCAAAUUCAAAAAGCCUUCUUGACAGGUUGUUAGUAAGUCCUGAAUGGGUAUCCCAAUGCCCAAACAUCAAAUUAACAAUCCUUCGGAGAGGACUGUCAGACCAUUGUCCACUUCUGGCUCACUCUCAUGAGAAUGAUUGGGGUUCGAAACCCUUUAGAUUCAAUAACUGCUGGCUGACAGACCCAAAAUGCAUGAAAAUUGUUGAAGAAACAUGGAACAAAUCAUCAAAGCUCAGUGUGGUAGAACAAUUGAGGGAGAUCAAAAAAAAUCUCAAUGAAUGGAAUCAUAAAGAUUUCGGUAGAAUUGAUGAAAAUAUCAGGAGGUUUGAAGAAAUUAUCGCAAAUCUGGAUUUGGAAUCCAACCUCAGAAAUCUUGAAAAAGAAGAACUUGAAAAAAGAAAUGAAGCUCAGACUGAAUUGUGGACAUGGAUGAAGCGAAAAGAAAUAUACUGGGCUCAGCAGUCUCGAAUCACUUGGCUCAAAGCAGGAGAUAAGAACACGAAAUUCUUCCAUGCAAUUGCUUCAAAUAAGAGGAGGAAGGACAUGAUAUUAAGCUUAGAAGUCGAUGGCUCAAAAAUCAGCAAACCUGAUCAAAUUAAAAAAGAGGCUCGAAAUUAUUUCAAGAAAAUCUUUCAGGAGGAGCACGAGAACAGACCAACCCUAGACAAUCUGCAAUUCAAUCGCUUGUCACAAAAUCAAGCAAACAACCUCACUGCUCCUUUCACGAAAAAGGAAGUAGAUAUGGCAGUUGCUUCCUGUGCAUCUGAUAAAGCACCGGGCCCUGACGGUUACAACUUCAGAUUUGUAAAGAAUGCUUGGGAGAUCAUAAAGGCUGAUAUCUACAACAUAGUGAAUGAUUUCUGGGCAACAUCUCGUCUCCCCACAGGAUGUAAUACGGCCCCUACAUAG